UACGCUUUAGGAAGUGGUUACACUUGGCCAAUUCCUGGGGUGACAGUAGAGGCGAGUCAAGUUUUUGGCGCCGUUGCCGGGGACGGCUAGGUUGUUGAAGAAAAGUGAUUUCUGUUAAUUUAGCUUUUCUUUUUGCUUUGUUUUCUUUGUCCCACUUGUGCCUUCACGGGUUUGUUGCUUGAGUGUGUGCAGGUAGUGCAUGACCCGUAGCCAGUCGGGAGGUUUACUGCCGUUGAAUCCAGAGAUUGACCGCACCUGUCACCAGCUCAGGAGACAACAGCGAGCUAGACUGGCUACGGAAGAGCGCAUAGACGGCCACCUGAGCAGCGAUUCUGAAGAAGAGCACGGAAUGGACGGAGACUACAAUCAGCACCAGGGGAAUCCCCCGGUGAAUCAGGUCCUGGGGAACAACCCCAUACCCCAGGAUCAUGGAGCUCAUCAUCCACCGCAGCCGGGUCCCACCCUGGAGUACUACUACACUCCGCGGAUUGCUGACAUCCGCCCGGUCAUCCUCUACCCGCCGAUCCCAGCAAACAACUUUGAGAUCAAGCCAUGCUGGAUUCAGCUCAUCACAUCUUCUAUCCAGUUCCAUGGCUUGAAGAAUGAGGAGGCCAGGGUGCAUCUUUCCCGUUUUCUGCAGCUGACAAACGGGUUCAAGCUGAACGGUGUCCCGGAUGAUGCGAUCCGCCUUCAUCUCUUCCCCCAUUCUCUGGCGGGGAAUGCUAAGAGGUGGUUGGAGACCCAGCCCCCAUUGUCCAUCACCUCUUGGGACGAUCUGGCUGACAAGUUCGUGCACAGGUACUAUCCGGCAUCGAAGACUACAGAGAUUCAGCGGGAGAUCACUCAUUUCCGCCAGGAGCCAGAUGAGUCACUCCGUGAUGCUUGGGAGCGGUACAUGGGCUACUUCUGGCAGUGCCCCCACCAUGGCUUUAGUGAUGCUUUCACUGUGGGGAACUUCUACAGCGCUCUCUCCCCAGAUAGCCAGAGGGUGAUUGAGUCUUUAUGCCCAGGAGGGGAUAUUCUUACCAAGACUCCACCCGAGCUGAACCAGAUGAUCAGUACUUUGGCUGCCAGAGAUCAUUCUUGGGGACAGGGUAGCCGAGGCAGACAGUCCCGGGACCGUGGUGUGCACGCCAUGGAGACCAGAUCCGGGCUCGAGCAGCAGGUAGCUGAGCUAGUGCAGACAUUGAAGCAGCCUAACAGUCUGAUUCCGGGCAGAGGUUUGGCUACACCUCCAGUUGCUCAGUGUCAGUGGUGUGAGAGCUCCAAUCACCUAGUGGAGGACUGCCAGGCUAUGAGGGAGUCUACCACACCCCAGGAGCAGUUGGCCUUCAUCGCCAAUGCGAGGCGCCUUGAUCCAUACAGUAGCACAUAUAAUGAGGGGUGGCGCCAGCAUCCCAACUUUGCCUGGAGCAGCAACACCACUAAACCACCUGGUUUCCCAGCACCAGCAGGUGGUUUUCAGCAGAGGCAGCCCUACCAGACUCGACAGGGGCUAGUUCCACAGCAGCCAUUCCAGCAGCCCCAGCGCCAGUUUGCCGAGCCAGCAGCAGCUCCGGCCCCAGAUGAUAGGAUGACGAAGCUGGAAAACAUUCUAGCUUCAUUCAUGACUAGCACCCAGGCUGCUAUCACAUCACUGGAGGCAGGUCAGCGGAACCAGGGUGCCAUUUUGCAGGAUCUGCAGACCCAGGUGGGCAUCUUGGCCCGCCAGAGCACCACCAGGGCACCGGGGACUCUGCCUGCCACCACUGUUCCUAAUCCUCGAGAUCCUCACCAGCAUCAGCAGCUGGAUGCCAUUUUUACCAGGAGCGGUAAGGUGAUAUCUGCUGAUCCUGCCCCGGCCAGACAGGAGGAACCACUACCUGCUUCAGCACUUCCAGCCGACGAUGCAGAAGUGCGGGUGGAGAAGGAAGCCCCUGCUCCCAAGCCACAACCAGUGGUUAAGGAGCAUGUACCCCAGCUUCCCUUCCCCACUCGCCUACACAAGGACAAGCUGGAGACUGAGUUUGCCAAGUUCAUGGCAAUGUUGAAGCAGCUCAACAUCAGCAUACCGUUCAUGGAGGCACUGUCGAAGAUGCCCAAGUAUGCCAAGUUCAUGAAAGAUAUCUGCACCAACAAGAAGAAACUUGGGGAUCUCUCGACAGUGAUGCUCAGUGAGGAGUGUUCUGCUAUCCUGCAGAACAAGCUGCCCGAGAAGCGCAAGGAUCCAGGGAGUUUUACUAUCCCUCUUACUAUUGGCAGUAUGCAUGUAGGAAAGUCCUUGGCGGACCUAGGCGCUAGCAUUAACGUCAUGCCAUAUAAGUUGUAUAAAAUGCUAGACCUAGGUGAACUUAGCCCUACUAGGAUGAGCAUUCAAUUAGCUGAUCGUUCUAUCGUGCAUCCUAAGGGUAUCAUUGAGGAUCUGCUUGUUAAAGUAGGUACAUUCACAUAUCCUGUUGAUUUUAUUAUUCUUGAUGUGCAUGAGGAUGUGGAUGUGCCUUUGAUUCUAGGUAGGCCAUUUCUUGCCACCGCCAAGGCACUAAUUGAUGUGCAUGAUGGUAAGUUGAUCUUGCGUGCUGGGAAUGAACAGGCUACUUUUUCUGUGACUGAGUUUGAUCACUGUGCUAUGAUUGAUGUCACGCCUGUGCAUGCUAUGUCUGAUCAGGUACACGAGCCUGUCGUGUAUCCUUCUGCACCUCCUAUUUUGCAGGACCCUCCUAUUAUUCCUCCGCCGCCACUCCAUCCAGCCUCACCUCCGAACAAAAAGCUCAAGGAGGAGUGGCGGCCGAAGCAGCAGGUUGCUAAGCCUGCACGGAAGAAGAGUGGAGACCACUAUGAGCUGGUCCCACCUCCUGCACCACGACCACCCUGGCCGUCCGGGUACUCGCUCACCUGCAUCUUGCCAGAUGGGCAGGUCGAGCUGACUGAUGAUGGUGGUCGCAUCCGUCGGGUGCAUGGCCACAACCUGAAGCUGUACCUCAAGAGCGACGUGGAUCCGCUCUUGGAGGCACCUGUUCCUGCACCGCCCUGAGUAUCCACCAUGGGCGUCCAGCUAAUACGACGGUAAAGAAGCGCUUGUGGGGAGGCAACCCCACCUCGGUUUGAUUUUCUUUCUUGUGUUUUGCGUCGGAUUGUAACCCGGUUUGGGUUUGGUUUGUUUUUCUUUUGGUUUGGAUGAUAUUUUAUUGGGCUGACCAUUGAACCUAACAUACUGUGCUUGAGCUCUUCUGUUCCCCUUUGGCUGUGCUUGCUCCGACUGGCCCGUUUCCAGUCCCCUGCAGUCCGUGCAUACCGGUAACAUCGUUCCCUUAUCCUUCCCUCUUCUCCAUUGAGGGCAAUGUCGAGCUUAAGUGUGGGGGGAUGUUUAUCUUUUGACUGCAUUAGAUCUGUUUGUGUGCUUGGAGCCUAGUCCACUGUCCAAAUUUUUAAAAUUUGAGGGCUCCAAGUACGUGUUUCCUUGCAAUUGCCUGCUCAGUAUGCUUUGAAUUGACAGUCUUUAUAGUGAUAUGCAACCUAGGGAGGUAGUGUAGCACUAUGGAGGAUGUUGAUGCAUUUAAGGAGUCUCAUUUCUUCUUCAUAUUGUGUUGGUUGAUUGAGUGAAUUAGUGAUCUUAGGACCCUUUGAAUUGUGUGGUGUUGUGGAUUCUCUGCCUGUCAUGGACUCUUGUGUCAUGUUUUGAAAAUAACAGGUGCUCGAUAAUGUGCUUCAAAAUAAACGUCUCCCGUGCGAAUAGGGCGAAAGUGUGUAAGGGGAGACGGGAAUCCGUUCCCAAUUUCCACCUACUACCUCCAGCCCCCUUACAUGUCUUUCCCCCGCACGAGGCUCGAGACAUUCGCUCCUGGCAUGGCCGGUAAGAGCAGGUUGGGACCCUUGAAAAGAAAAAAAGAAAAGAAAAAUAACAGAAAACGAGCAAAACAGAAAAAAGGGGUUCCAACCAUCUUCAAAGAAAAUCGAGCACUUUGAAAAAUGUGAGUCCAUGAUCUUUUGUUUUUGAGAAUCUCUUCAUCCACAAUUCAUUUGUCCUCUGUUCACUGUUUGCCAUGAUGCCGACUGACCGAAGAAGCUAUGAGAUGACUUGUGCGUCGGUUGACCUCGUAAGCUGCUAAAUGAUCUAGGAAGUCCUCUACCUACGAUCUAGGUUGUUUGUUGCUAUAGAGGUCUGGAGAGUUGCAUUGGUUUGAGUUAGGUUUGCUUGGGGACAAGCAAACGGUUAAGUGUGGGGGGAUUUGAUGACUCGGUAUUUGCACAUGUUUUCCCCUUUGUUUCUUGAUUGUUUGAGCUUGAAUUAUUGCGUCUUUGGCCUAUUUUAUGCUAGGUUGUGUUCCUUUGUCCCAUUUCAGGUCCUAGCACAUAAAGUGAAGCAUAGGCGCAAGUUUCAAGUCAAUCAGAGAUCAAUUGACGAUUCGAGAGAAGAAACUCGGGCAUGACCUGAAGAAGAAUGGAUUUCUACCUCACUUUAUGGACAAAGAAUCAUGCAAGCUUGUUAUGAAACGAAAGAGGACGAGACUACGAGCUUCUGGGAUCAAACGGCGAUUGAUUCGGAGUCCGGACGAGGGAGAAACGAAGCAUUAAACAGAGGCUGAGCAAGCUGCACGGGCAGACCAGCGUGGCCACGCACGGCCGUGCAAGUGACCAGUUUGGCCGUGCGGGAUUGUGCGUGGGCACGCACGGGAUUGUGCGUGGCCACGCACGGCCGUGCAACAUACAAUUCUGGCCGUGCGAGUUGGCUGAGGUUCAACUAAUUGAUACGCCGCGUUUUGAGGUGCACGGCCAGAAUGGUGAUGUGCACGGCCGUGCACCCUGGCCGUGCGAGUCGGGAUUUUCUCCUUUUAAGCAGAAUUUCAGCCACAAUUCGGGGGGAUUCGAGUUUUUGAGAGAGAGAUCAGUUCCUAGAGAGAGAAAGUGACGAGCAAGAGUUCCCAAGUGCCCUAGAUUGAUCUUCAACACCAUUGGAGGCCAGCUUGAGCUUGGAGAAGUGCCAAUCAACGUCCAGAAGCAGG